GGCAAUCUUGUCCAGAGUCUAAUAAGAACCCAAUGGCUGGCGCACGGCGGGCAGGAGCGCUUCAACACGACACGAGACACAAGUGGACAGACAAAACAUCUCGAAGCGCUUGCUGGAGGCAGGAAUGGGAUGAGAUUCUGAGAAUUCGUAGAGGAGAUAUUUCACAGAGACGCAACAGUGAUGUAGGUGCGCGUCAGGUUUGCUAUUGCUGAACUGCCCGGUGACUGGAGAGAGAGGCGGUUGGUAAGUAGGUAGGCGACUGGAAGCUCGAGAAACACCUGCAUGGCAACAGGUACCUGUACCUCCAAAGACUGAUAAGGAUGAGAACUAUUUAUUUUUCAUUUAUCGUGAACAGCAUAAAGGAUGAUAAAUCUUAAACAUUAUGGAAAGGAAAAUAGUUUUCAAGUGGCAUAAAUUAUUAAGGGAGUAAUCAAUAAAACAUUAAACUACAUAAGCAAGAGGAUAUAACAAUACAGUAGAGAUUAAAGUUCAUUUUAAAGAGUCAACAUGGAUUUUACAGAAGACCGGUGUCCCUGUACUUCCAGUGUGGAUUUUGAUCCAUAAUGGCCAACCUUGCUCUAUAGAAACAUUAGAACUCCUUUACAACUCAUGGUCUGGAAUGGACCACCACCAAGAUUUGAACCCCAUCAUUCAAAUGCAUUUAAGUGCCCGAGACGGGGCUUACUUAGUGGGCACGGUGGAUCAUUGAAGGUGUCCCCAAUGAAGGUGUCCUCCUGGUGGGUAAGCCUGGCACGGCUUGGCCUGCUUGCUAUCUUCACGUGGAGCACCCUGGUCCAGGGGUGCGGGCCAGGCCCUGGGUACGGCAACCGCCCUAGGCCCAGGAAACUCACCCCCAUGCCUUACAAGACCUCCUUCCCCAAACUUUCCGAGAACAACCUAGGUGCCAGCGGGAGGGUGGAGGGCAAGAUCACACGUAACUCUGAACGCUUUAAUGAACUGGUGUGUAACUACAACACCGAUAUUAUCUUCAAAGAUGAGGAGAAAACCCUUGCUGACCGCUUCAUGACCAAGCGCUGUAAAGACUGCCUCAACAAACUAGCCAUAGCAGUGAUGAACCACUGGCCUGGGACGAAGCUGAGGGUGACAGAGGCCUGGGAUGAGGACGGCCAUCACCCCCCUGACUCUCUUCAUUACGAGGGACGGGCCGUGGACAUCACCACGUCAGACCGCAUCCCAGACAAGUACGGCAUGCUAGCCCAGCUGGCUGUGGAGGCUGGCUUUGACUUUGUGUACUAUGAGUCCAAGUACCAUGUGCACUGCUCUGUCAAAGCUGAUCACUCUGUGGCGGUGGAGAAAGGGGGCUGUUUCCCAGGCUGGGCCCGGGUGACCUUGGCCGGAGGGGGACAGAAGACCCUGGCCUCCCUGGGGCCUGGUGACAGAGUGUUGGCCCUGUCUGGGUCAGGACACAUCGUCCUCAGCCGCGUCCUUCUAUUCCUACACCAAGACCAUAAGAGCAGGUCCACUUUCCUGGUCCUGACCACAAAAGAUGGCCGCCGCCUAGCCCUCACUCCCCACCACCUGGUCUUCCUCGCACCCCAUCACAAACUCCACUACAGUGAGUACAAGGCUCAGUUUGCCAGUAGAGCCAAACCGGGGGACUAUGUACUCGUCCAUGGAGUGGACGGCCGAGUUCAACCAUCCAGGAUCACAUCUGUAUCGCAGGAGGAAGGGAUGGGUGUAUACGCACCACUUACAGAACACGGCACUCUGUUUGUGGAUGGGGUGCUGGCAUCCAGCUAUGCACUUAUAGAGGACCAUAGACUGGCACACUGGGCAUUUGGGCCUCUGAGACUGCUGCUGUCAUUCACCCAGCUGGUUCGGGGGGAGGGCACACUGGGAGCGCAGGUCACAGAGGCAGAGAGAGAGCACACGAAGAAGCCCACUCACUGCAACACUCAACACAUUUGUGUGAAUCAGACACUCAGCAGCCCAGGCGUGUAUGUGAAUACAAACACUUCAGACAGACAAAGCAGUUGCGCUGCUGUACCCAUAAACAGAGACAUUGAGGGGGGACACUGUGACUCUGUGCGAAACAGAGACAUUGAGGGGGAAUUGGACAGUUCUGUGACAUUUCAUCAUUAG